AUGGCGUCUGACGACCUAAAACGCGACAUAAGCUGUUCAAUCUGUCUCAGUAUAUAUACAGACCCAGUAACCCUGACGUGUGGACAUAGCUUCUGUCGAGUCUGCAUUACGACAGCAUGGGACAACCAGAGAGAAUAUUGCUGCCCUGAAUGCAGACAAAGGUUUAGGAGACAGCCGGAGCUAAACAGGAACCUGAGACUGUGUAAUAUUGCUGAACAUUUUCUAAUAGCUCACCCAGAGCAGGAGAAGACUGGGAUAUCAUGUACCUACUGCCUUUCCUCCUCUAUACCAGCUACCAAAACAUGUCUUCAUUGUGAAGCUUCUCUAUGUGACAACCACUUGAGGGUUCACAGCCAGUCACCAGACCAUGUGUUAACUAAACCCACUACUUCCUUUGAGAAGAGAAAAUGCAAGUUCCAUAAAAAGAUUUUGGAAUAUUACUGCACUGACGAUGCUGUCUGUAUCUGUGCGCUCUGCAUACUGGAGGGGGGGCACCGAGUACACCAAGUACAUAGCCUACAGGAAGCCUCAGAGCCAAAGAAGGAGAAAAUGAGACAAACAUUGGAUACACUGACCUCAAAGAAGAAGAAGACUGAUAGAAAACUGUUGAAUCUCCUGGAGCUAAGGAGGAACAUGCAAGAACAAGGAAUUGAUAUAAGAGAAAGGGCCACCACCCUGAUUAAGGAAAUCAAGGAGCAGCUGGAAGCUGUAGAGAAGCAAGUCCUGGGUGAGAUCUCCAGGCAGGAAGAGCUGGUCUCAGACCUAAUCCGGAAGCUGGAAGACCAGACGUUGGAGCUGUCCAGUAGGAUGGAUCACAUUGAGGAACUGUGUAACAUGGCUGACCCAUAUACCGUCUUACAAGCACAGGAUUCCCUCUACUGUGAAGCUGAGGGUGGAGAUAAUGAGCCCCAUUCUGUAGGUGGUCUGGAUGUAAGUCUGAUCUCAGACACUUUACAGGCAGGCUUAGUUGAUAUCGUGAGUAGUUUAAACAAACUGCUUCAUGAAUCUAAGGUUUCAGCCAUGCUACAGAUUGCUGAAACAUCUUCAGACAUUUUUCAGGAUGUAUAUAUGGCUUCCGAUGUAUUACUGGACGUAAACACGGCUGCUACUAAUGUAGCCAUAUCAGCUGACUUGAAAGCUCUAUCCUGGCUAGAAGUAAACCAAAGUUGGCCGGAGACACCAGAGAGAUUUCAUGAUUGUCAGGUUUUAAGCGUUGGAUGUUUCUCAUCUGGACGGCACUACUGGGAAGUAGAGGUCAGUAGAUCUGGGAACUCAGUGGUAGGUAUGGCCUACCUCAGCAUCAACAGGAAAGGAAGACAAUCAUUGAUUGGAUGUAAUAACAAGUCCUGGGGUUUGCGGAGGUGGUGGAAUCAGUGUUUAGCUGUGCAUGACUGCAAAACAAUCAGAUUAGAUCACAAACCCUCCUCUCAGAGAUUACGGAUAUAUUUGGACUAUGAGGCUGGGCAACUGUCCUUUUAUGAGAUGGGUAACCCAAUCAAGCACCUACACACCUUCACUACCACCUUCACUGAGCCGCUGUACGUUGCUUGUGGGAUAGGGAGAAAAACAUGGGUAAGACUGUAG